GCGAAAAAAGGCUAGGGGAAAAUUGAAGAAAUUGAAGGAAGCACAGAAAUUGAAGCUAUGCAAUCGAAGAUUAACAGUUUCUUUAAGCCAUUUUCUUCUUCAUCAUCGAUUACGCACAAGAAUGUAGAUUCAUCUGAUUUUUGCAGUGAUGAGUUUGAUUAUAAGAAGGUACAACCAGAAAUUUUGGUUACAUACGAGAGAAGACGUCAAAAUUCAAAUGGGCAAAUGAAUGGUGCAUCAACUGGUGAAGCAUCCAAGGAAAUAAACUUGGAGGUGCCAAGCUUGGAGGUGGGAAAGUCUGGGAAAAUUCUGAAUAAGAAGAGAAAGUACGCCCAAUUCUAUUUGGAACUUGGUCAGUCUGAUUUUUUAUUGCAUACUUGUACUGUCUGUGGAUUCAAAUAUGCCAAAGGUGAUGAAGAGGAUGAAAAAUUUCAUAAGACAUUUCACAAGAAUUAUACGCAUGGUAUUCCAUUUAAGGGUUGGCGGAAUGAAAGAAUUCUUCGAAUUCCUUCACUUGAAAUUGGACGAAUUAUCUUGGUACUGGAAGAUGACCCUACUCCUCAGAGAAACAAGGUAAAGGAAGUUGUGAAGAUGAUGGAGAUGGAACUUGGAGAUGGGUGGAUAUAUCAUCAGCUAUGCAAGGUGUAUCUGUUUGUAUCUUCUCAAAGAAUAUCUGGAUGUCUGGUAGCAGAGCCCAUUAAGAGGGCAUAUAAGAUUCUCUCAAGACCAGAAGGCAGCAGGUGUAAUGUUUCACCUGAGAAGGAAGCAAAACAGACUUCAACCACGCUCCAAUUUGGGGGAGUGAGUUUCCAGAGGGAAAUGGUAAGAAGAAAUCAAUCAACCAAAAGCUGUGAAGAGUCUGAUGAAAGCGACAGUGGAGUAGUGUUGUGUGAGAAGGAAGCUGUAUCUGCUUUAUGUGGCAUUAGAGCCAUUUGGGUCACUCCCUCCAACAGAAGAAAGCAUAUCGCCAGCUAUUUACUUGAUGCUGCUAGGGAAAGUUUUUGCAAGGAUUUGGUUCUUAAACGCUCAGAGUUAGCCUAUUCUCAGCCCACCUCAGCUGGAAAGGCUUUCAUCUCCAGUUAUACAAGGAGUCACUCAUUCUUGGUUUAUACAACUUCUGAUUUGAAGUAAGGAAAUUCCCUAACAAAUCCUCCCUCAAAGUAGACACGAAGAAAGAACUACGACUCUGCAAUAAAGAUUGAUGUAAAGACGGGGCCUUUGGCAGCAAUAGAAGAAGCUUUCUUCUUUCUCUUUUUCGCAGAAGACAAAGCAUCAGCGACAGUCACAGGAGCAAGAUGUUUCUUCUCAGCCUUUCCUGGAGAUCAAGAAGCAACUGCAGAAAAUUGAAAUCUGCCUGUUACGACUUUUAACUGCGCUCCAUAGGGAUCUUGCUUGAUUACUCUCUAUCGGGGUAACCCAGUAGUGAAAGUACUGGUUCGGAUGACCUUCAGAGUGUAUGCUUCUUGCUUCAAUGCAGUUCAGUUGCAACCUUUGUCUACAUUAGCAUAUUUAUGCAAAAUCAUAAUACUUCUAUGCUUGAUGUGCAUUGCAUGAAGUAAAAUAAUUUGGUUGUCGUCUCUAUCUUCAUAAAGUCGGAUAAGGUCUGCAUACACUCU